AUGAGCGCGAAAGUGAACGACGAUUUGCUGACAGAAAGAAGAAAAUGUGAAUUUAAUGUUGAAGAAUUAACAAACUAUUUAGAUGGAGGUGCCCAAGCGACGCAAAAUAGAAGAAAAUUGGAGGACAAAGUGCUCAGCACAAAAGGUCUCUUUGACGAGGUACCAGAAGAAUAUCUCAGUCAUAAAGAAAAGUAUGAGAAUGCCGUACGGAAAGCAGUGGUUUAUUAUAAAGCGAUGAAGGAGGCUGAAGAUCCUAAUCAGACAGAACAGGAGAGAGCUAAUGCCACUUACCGCAGCCUGUUACAUGCUGCUGUGUUCAAGGACAACUCUCCGUUCUCCCUACACCUUGCCAUGUUCAUACCAGCAAUAUUGGGACAGGCCGAUGAAGAGCAGAAGAAAUAUUGGAUGAAGAGAGCCAGUAAGAUGGAGAUUAUCGGUACUUAUGCACAGACAGAGCUUGGCCAUGGAACUUUUAUUCGUGGCCUAGAAACCACUGCUACUUAUGAUCCCAAGACCGAAGAGUUUGUUCUACACAGUCCAACGUUAACCGCUUAUAAAUGGUGGCCUGGAAGCUUGGCACACACAGCAAAUUACUGCGUGGUUAUGGCUCAUUUGUACAUCAAUGGUAAGAGCUGCGGUAUCCAGCCGUUCAUCGUCCAGUUGCGAGACGAAGAGACCCACCAGCCACUCCCAGGCAUCAAACUUGGAGAGAUUGGAGCUAAACUUGGUUUCAAUACAGUCAAUAAUGGAUUCCUUGGUUUUGAUCAGCAUAGGAUUCCGAGAAAUAGAAUGCUGAUGAAGAACGCGCAGGUUUUGAAGGAUGGUACAUUCAAGAGGUCUCCAAACAGUAAGCUGACAUACGGAACAAUGGUAUACGUCAGAGUGGUGAUCGUCAAUGGCAUGGCCAACCAACUGGCGAGGGCUGUCACCAUCGCCGUCAGAUACUCAGCUGUAAGGAGACAGUCAGAGCUGAAGCCAGAUGCUGGUGAACCUCAGAUCCUGGACUACGUGACGCAGCAACACAAGUUGUUCAUCGGCAUAGCUUCGAGCCAUGCGUUCACUCUCACUGCCAAGUGGCUCACCAGGAUGUACCAGAAGGUUACUGCCGAUCUCGAAAAGGGGAACCUGGACGAAUUGCCAGAGUUACACGCAAUAGCAUGUUGCCUCAAAGCAGUAACAACGACGGAUACCUCAGUCCUAGUGGAACGAAGUCGUACAUCUUGUGGUGGACAUGGAUACAUGUUGUCCUCUAACUUACCUCAAAUAUAUGGACUGGUCACAGCCGCCUGUACUUAUGAGGGAGAGAACACCGUGCUUAUGCUGCAGACUGCCAGAUCUCUAGUCAAAGCCUUGGAGCAGGCUCAAUCUGGAAAGCGUUUGAGUCCCACGAUGUCCUAUUUGUCUGAGAAGGUCAGUAGCAGACUGAAGUGGGACAACUCUAUCGAUGGAAUUGUUAAAGGGUUCCGACGAGUUGCAUACGGUAAAGUAGAAUCAGCAGUGAGAAGCAUGAGGAAAUAUGUCAGAAGUGGUCUGGGUCCUGAAGACGCGUGGAACAUGUCUUCAGUGCAACUGGUUGCUGCUUCCGAGGCGCAUUGCCGAGCAUUUAUCCUGUCUACUUACAAGUCAGAAGUGGACAGAACGUCAGGCUCCUUGUCAGAGCCUUUGAAGACAGUAUUGUACUACCUGGUGGAAUUGUAUGCCACCUACUGGGCUUUGGAGAGAGUCGGAGAUUUACUGCUGUACACCUCAAUAUCCGAAACUGAUAUCCGUCAGCUGCAGGACACGUAUGAAGACCUUCUCGGGAAGAUCAGACCCAAUGCUGUGGGACUGGUCGACGCCUUCGACUUCAGAGAUCAGAUUCUAAACUCAACCCUGGGAGCAUACGACGGUCGCGUGUACGAGCGACUGAUGGAGGAGGCACUGAAGAGUCCUCUGAACGCGGAUCCAGUCAACCAGAGCUUCCACAAGUACCUUAAGCCGUUCAUGCAGGGAAAACUGUGA